AUGUUCUUCAAGACCGCUGUGUUCGUCGUCGCCGGCCUGGUUGCUGCCACCGACGCCGUCAAUAUUCCAGGCCGAGGGAGAAACACCCAUCGACCGUCUUCUCGCGUUCACAAGCCGGCCUCUUCGAAUUUUCACCACCAAGCCCCUUUCAGCUUGGCCGACAAGGAACAGCAGCCGGACAGCCUCUUCUCCAGCAACGAGUGUCAGUACUACAUUUACCUUGAUACGAUUAAUCGCCACGUACUCACAGAACAGGAUUCGACGGCGACAUUGUCUUUUAGCGUUAACCUGACUGUCUCAGAGUUAUGUCAUCCAGACGAGACUCUGCUCGGUUCAGCAUUACAGCUUGUGGAUGCAGAAACGGACCAAAUUGUCGAGCGGGUGCACUUCACGAUUUGGAGGGUCUCUGACGGAGAUGAUGACGAGGUAGAGGAAUUCUACGAGCAUGAUGAUGUGGACGUCUAUGAAUACGGGGACGAUUAUCCUGAGGAUAACAGAAAUCCGGAAUUUCUCGGUGGGGACGACGAUGAUCCGGGAGAUCUCUGA